AUGGUAGGGAGUAAAAGAAUAAGGAUUUUGGUUUUACUUUCAAUACUUCUUUUUAUUAUUGGCUUCUUUACCUUGAAGGACCAAUUAGCAGGUGAAGUGCCUUUGCUUUAUGACCUAGAUCAUUUAGCAAAAUUCCCUGGAGCUGAUGAGGAUUUUGAAAGAUGGAGAGCCAAACAAUUCAAAGACAAGAGUAAAGAUCCGGAAAUGGAGGGGAAAGUAGAGAUCAAAGAGCAGAAUAAACAAGGAAGUAAUGAUAAGCAAACAACGGAUAAUACUGAAAGUGGUCAAAGUGUAGCAGAUGAAGAAAGCAAGGGAAAGAAAGAAGCGGAAGACAGUAAGGUAAAUAAAGAAGAGAAAGCAAGUACUGGAGACAAAGAAGAGAAGGUCAGUCAAGGUAAAGCAACUGAUGGAAGCAAGAAAGGAAGUAAGAAUUCAAAAUCGGAAUCUGAUUCUAUUGAUAAUUAUACUGGACCAAAAGCACCAUCCAAACCACACACUUACAAAGUAGAUCAACCUAAUGAUAAACCUCCAACACCAAAAGUUCAAAAGGAAAGCCCGCCUGUAAAAGGUAGUGAAGGAGGACCAGGACAACCAAAUGAUCCUGAAUUCAAUGUGGACGAAGCCAUGGACAAUUUGAAACAGGGAAAACCAAAAGACAACAAGCCAGAAAGUAAGAUGGAUGUACCUGUGAUCAAACCAAAUGAUAUACCCAAACCAAAAACCGCUGAAGAACCAGAGGAUGUUAAAAACCCUGGUAAAUUCUUAGGGACAAUUGAAGAGGUAGAUGAAUCAGAACGAGCUGCUUCGAUCUAUGAAGAUAAAGAUGACGAAGAGUUAUUCAAAAAUUUCGAACAAACCACUAUUGGUGAAAUCGAACACGAUGAUUCAGAAUUCAAUUUCAGAAAUUUAGGGGAAAAAAUUGGUAUACCGGAUCCCAAAAAGUUCCCUGAAAAGGUUACCAAAGCACCCAAAGACUUUGUUAAAGUUAAGGAUGACUUUUCCACUCCAAUUUCUCCCAUGAACUUCAGAAUUUAUUCUCACAAUGUUAAAAAUGGGGGCCAUGAUGAUCUUGUUCCUGGUGAAGAGAGAUGGGAAGAUAGGUAUAUGAAAAUAGCUAAUUCAAUCAAAUUUAAUUCUCAUUAUAAUACCAUUGUAACUUUACAAGAAGUUUAUAAAUUUCAAAUGCUAGAUUUAAUGAAUGAAUUGAAUAAAUUUUCAUCAGAGAAAUCUCCAGAAUGGUCAUAUUAUGGAGAAGGUAGAAUCGAUGGUAAAGAUAUCGGGGAAUUUGUACCUAUUUUAUAUAAGAAUUCUGAAUGGGAAUUGAUACAGAGUGAUACCAUCUGGUUGAAUAAAGAAAAUGAAAGACAAUCAUUAGAAGGUUGGGAUGCAAAAUAUUUGAGAAUUUUAUCAUACGUAACUUUAAGACAUAGAGAUACCAAUAAUUAUGUGAAUAUCUUCAACACUCAUUUGGAUCAUAUUGGUAAAGGUUCUAGGAUUGGUUCAGCCCGAUUGAUACUUGACAAAAUCAAGAAAAUAAACAAUUGGCCAUCAUUCUUAACGGGGGACUUAAACUUGGAGAAAUCUGAAAAGACAUUCCUUAUCUUAUCAAAGUCCAUGGUCAACGCUAGAGAUCAUACCACUCCAUUUAAUGUUUAUGGACAUACGCAAUCAACUGUGACAGGGUUUGAAGGAGAAGUCAUAGCAUCUGGGGGUCAAAAUAUCGAUUAUAUCUUUGCCCCUUUGUAUACUUCUAAGAUAACAAGUCAAAUUGAUUGUUCUAAAGUAGAUAAAACAAAGAAAAGACCCCAAGAUAUGUUGUAUUUAAGAUUAGAUGGGUUCGGUAUGUUACAUUCCAAGUUCGAUGGAGUUUAUAUGAGUGAUCAUAGACCUUUAGUUGCUGAUUUCCAUUUAGAAGGUAAAUGUCAAAAUAGUGUGUAG